GGUAUAUAAACGGUCGCAGUCUCGUUUUCAUGGAUUGCGCGCAUAAUACUGGACACAAUGAAACUCCUAGUCACCAUUGCCCUGACGUGCGCACUCUUCUCCAAAGCAUACCCACUGGAUUGUUUCGAGUGUGCAGCCACUGGAACUGGACCGUGUUUGCAGACUACAAGAACAUGUCAAGCAAGCCAGACCAAAUGUACCAGUUACACAACAGCAGUCACCCUGGUAGGAAUACAGACUACUACAAAGGUGAAGUCAUGCACCACACCAGAUCAGUGUUUCAGUGGAUCUGUUAACAGUGGCAUCUCUAUGACAACUGUUAACACCCAAUGCUGUGAAUCCAACCGGUGCAACGAUCAAGAACCACCAGCAUUACCAGAAUCCAGCACCAAUGGCAAAAAGUGUUUCACCUGUGCAGCUUCUGGUGACUGCACAAGUACUUUGGAGUGCAAGGGAAGUGAAGAUCGCUGCUUUACGUUCACAGCGCCUGCAAUUGGGAAGACGAAGGGAUGUACAUCCCAAAGUUUCUGUUCUGCACCGAUUCCUCAACUGGAAGUCAUUGGGAACCUGAACUGCUGUGAGGGAAACUUGUGCAACAACGCCCUGCACAUCGGACAGACCAUUCUCUUCCUCCUCCUGGUGCCUCUGGCCUCCUUCUUCCUCUUCAACUAAGCAGCACUUUGACCUGCACACCCACCCCAACCUUCCUCGACUACUCGAGGAUGGUGCAAAUCAAAUAAAUUCAUACAAUGUUGGUUAAACUUGUUUAAUUUGAUUACAACAUUUACAACAUUACUUUUCCUGGUUUUAUCAUUCCACUUCUCUGCCUUUAACUAAAUAUUCAGAAAACAUUUAAUGUGGUUUACAUUAUAGGUAACACAAAUGAGUUUGCGCAGACAGGGAUGUAAACUGCAAUUCGACUGCUUAGCAGAGGCAUGCAACCGCGAGACGAUUAUUUUGCUGGUUUGAAAUAAAAAUGUAAAGUAAAA